AUGUACCCACCUCCAUUCUCUGCAGUUUCAUCUUUCCCUUUUCUCUCUCCUCCAUUUUCUAUCCCAUUUCCAAUCACCCCCAGGGCCGACCCAUUCAUUCCACUUUUUUCUCAUCUCCAUUUCUCAUUAACUUUCUAUCCCAUCUGCACCAUUCUCUUUCCACUUUUUCUUUCCAGUUUUCUCCUCUCAUUUCUCCAUUCAUUCCUUUUUCUCUCAUCUCCAUUUCUCUCUCAUUCAUCUUUCCUCUUUUUUCUCAUUACCUUUCUCCCAUUCAACCUUUCUCAUCUCCAUUUCUGCAACCACCUGUUUUCUCCUCUCUUUUCUCUCAUCUCCAUUUCUCAUCCCAUCCACCUCCCUUGCUCUGCCCUGCCAGUUUUCUCCUCUCCAUUUCUCUAUUACCUAAUUUCAACAUUCCAUCUUUUCUCUCAUCUCCAUUUCUCUCCUAACCACCAUUUCCUCAUUCCCUUUUCUCUCAUCUCCAUUUCUUUCCUCCUGUUUUCUCAUUCUCCAUUUCUCUAUAACCAUCUAAACCCUCUCCUCCUGCAUGUUUUCUUUUCUCCCAUUUCUCCAUUUCUCUUUCCAUCCCAUCAAACCCUCUCUCAUUCAUCUUUCCUCUUUUCUAACCACCUAAUUCUCCCCUCCAUUUCUCAUCCAAUUUCUCCUCCACCUAUUCCCUUUCUCUCAGCCAGUAACGCUUGCCAUCUUUCCACUUUUUCUCUCAUCUCCUUUUCUCAUCAUUUUUCUUUCCACUUUUUCUCAUCUCCAUUUCUCAUUAACCACUUUAACCUCUGCAGCAUUCAUCUUUUUUCUCUCUCUCCAUUUCUCAGCCCUUUCUAUCACACUCCGACCAUUCAUUCCUGCCUUUUUCUCCUCUCCAUUUCUCUAUUAACCUAUCCCAUCCGACCCUCUUCAUCUUGCCACUUUUUUCUCUCUCAUUUCUCAUGUAACCACUUUCUAUCACUCCAGCAUUCUCUUUUUCCACCUUUUCUCUCUCUCCAUUUCUCAUCAUUCACCUCCCACUUUUCUCUCAUCUCCAUUUCUCAUUUUUCCAUUUUGCAGCAUUAUUUUCUUUUCAUUUCCCAUUUUCAUGUCCACCUAAUUGACCCUCUCAUUCCUGCCUUUUUUCUCCUCUCCAUUUCUCUGCAACCACCUAAUUUGCACUGCAACAUUCAUCCCACUUUUCUCUCAUCUCCAUUUCUCACUCCUGCAUGUUUCACUUUUCUCUCCAUUUCUCAUAUAACCCUUUCUAUUCCAUCAUUCCACCCUCUUCCUCCAUUUCUCUGCUUUCUUUCUCAUCUCCCUUUUUCUCUCCAUUAA